UUAUGGGUGACAUUAUUUUAAUGUCUGAAAAGUUAUACAUCAUUCACAAGGUAGUAAUAGUGUAGUGAAAUCACACUGACUGAGGCUUUCCACCCGAUUUAUAUUUUGCUGAGAAUCAUUGAGUGGCUGAGAUUUUUCUGGAAUAUUCUAAGAAUAGUUAUAAGAACUCUCUCAGCGGAAAGAUCGGAAAACAUUUACUUCCGCUUAAAGAACACAGGUGCUCGUGGGCAGGUCUGAAUGCAGUUACUAGAGAUGGCUGACUCCAAAACAUUGAAAGAAGAAGGAAACCAACUUUUCAAGGAUGGCAAUAUUGACAAGGCUUUAGCCUGCUAUACACAAGCUCUGGAACUCGGGCCCCUGAAGGAGGCAGAAAAGUCGGUCCUACACAAGAACAGAGCAGCUUGUUUUCUGAAGAAGGAGCAGUAUGAGAAGGUUAUUGAUGAGGCAACAAAAUCUCUUGAUCUAACUCCCAAUGAUCCUAAAGCUCUAUUCAGACGUUGUCAGGCAUAUGAAAAGCUGGACAAACUAGAUGAAGCCUUCCGAGAUGCUGCAAUUGUCAUGAAGAUAGACCCCAAGAAUACAGCUGUCAUGCCCAUAUUCAAACGUCUCAACCCAAUAGUCCAGGAGAGGACUAAGGCCCGUAACAGCACAGUUUCAAAAGUGACACAGAUGUUCAACUUUGCUUUUGACCAAACAGUGGAGCUUGAAAAAAGGAAACAGGCCCUGAACAACCUGAUUGUGUUAGCCAGAGAAGAGACGGGAUCAGAACUCAUCUGUCGCGAGAAUGGCAUCAGGAAGCUGAUGGCAGUGUUGGAGGAGGCGCAGUUAGAAGUUGUUCAGGCCGCAAUCCGGGUCCUUUCGCUCCUCAGCAAAGACAGCAUGAAAAGGUCCAAGGCAAUUGUAGACAUAGUUACAGUGCCCAAGAUUCUACGUAUGUUGGGAUCUCCUCAAGCAGAAGUCUCUGACUCCUCGUCGGUGUUGAUAGGAAACGUUAUCACCUACUACACCGGGGUGGACAAGUACCGCGAAGAAGUCAAGAAGUACGAAGCUGACCGGAAGAAAGGCGAGCGUGUCAGAUACCCACAUUUUAAAGUUGAGGAAGACGAUGAAAGCUUUGUUGACCAAGUAUUCCUGCUUUUGAUCAACAUGGUCGGCAAUGGGAAGGUUUCUGCAGUGGGGCGAGACAAUGCCAUUGAACUACUCAUCAAACACGUCACCUGGAAAGAGGGAGUCAACUGGACCAACAAGUUCCUCAAACAUGAUGGUGUUGAAAAGCUCCUGACAGUGGCUGGCACUGUGAAGGAGUAUCAUACACUUCCUGUCACUGAGAACACUCGCAUGCAUGCCUCCGUGGCCCUGUCCAAGAUAUAUGAUGACCUCAGCAGUGACCAGUUGAGGAACACAUUCAAGGACCAGUGUACAGAUUUCUUCAAGGAUCUGUUCAGUGAAGAGGACAUGGAGUCAAAGGUUGAGGCCAUCGAGGGAAUCUCCACCCUGCUACAGGGUCCAUUUGAAGUGGGCAACUUGAUCCUGGGCACACAGGGAGUCACACAGAUUAUGUUUGCCCUGGCCAACAGUGAGAGCAGGCUGCAUCAGAGGGUUGCAGUUGAAGCUAUAGUCAAUUCAGCCUCAAAGAAGGAGCGAUGUUCUGGCAUCCUGAAAGACGCUGUGCCCAUUCUGAAGGGUCUGUACCAGUCUGCCGAUGAUCACAUCCGAGUCCGAGCGCUUGUGGGUCUGUGUAAGCUAGGCAGUUUCCAUGGCAGCGAUGCCAGUGCUAAGCCAAUGGCUGAUGGAUCCAGCUUGUCACUGGCCAAGUCAUGCAGAAAAUUCUUGACCAACCCUGCUAAAGAUGUAGACCUGCGGAAGUGGGCCACAGAGGGGCUGGCGUACCUCACCCUGGACGGUGAUGUUAAGGAAGAGUUGAUAGAUGAUGUCGAAGCCAUCAAGUCCAUCUUUGAAAUAGCUAAGGUUAAAGAGAAGAAUGUGGCGUAUGCCGCCAUUACUAUCAUGGUGAACCUCACCAACAGCUACGACAAGCAGGACAUCAUGCCAGAACUCAUUGAGCUAGCCAAGUUCUCCAAGCAACAUGUUCCUGAAGAACAUGAAAAGGACAAGAUGGAGUUUAUCCAGUCUCGGAUCCAGAAGCUGGCGAAGGCCGGCGCUGUGAACGCCCUGGUGGCCCUGUCGACCACGGAGAGCAAAAACAGCAAGGAGCUCAUCGCCAGAGUGUUCAUGAGUAUUGCUACAGAGGAGAACCUGCGUGGUCUCAUUGUGCAGCAGGGAGGGGCCAAGGUACUGCUACCGCUUUCCCUGCAGAGCACGGACAUUGGGGAGGUACUAGCGGCACAUGCUCUCGCCAAGAUUGCUGUGACAAUGAACCCAGAGGUAGCCUUCCCAGGCCAGAGGAUGUAUGAGAUUGUCCGGCCAUUGAUCAGCUUGCUUCAAGUGGAAAGGUCCGGGCUGCAGAAUUUUGAGGCACUUAUGGCUCUCACUAACCUUGCCUCAGUCAGUGAUUCCGUCAGAAAUCGUAUUGUAUCUGAAAAGGGAAUCCCUGCAAUAGAUAAUUACAUGUACGAGGAACACGAGAUGUUGAGGCGGGCAGCCACGCAGUGCAUGUGCAACUUGGUCAUGAAUGAAAAGGUUAUCAAGCUGUAUGAGGGGGAGAAUGACCGUGUCAAGCUGAUGGUGUUGUUCUGUGGGGAGGAAGACCCUGAGCUGAGACUGGCAGCCGCCGGCGCCAUUGCCAUGAUCUCAUCACUGCCCUCAAUAGCCAAGAAGAUAAUAGAGGUUAAAGGUUGGUACGAGAUCAUCCAGGGACUGGCUGUGGAGGAAGAAAUCCAACUCCAACACCGGGGCUGCCACAUCCUCAAAAACAUGAUGGUCGACCGGGACACCGCUGAAAAGAUUGUAGCUUCUCAGGACUUCGAAGUGUUGAUGGCUAUCACAAUGUUGAAAGAUCCCCAGCGGGAGGCCGCCACAAAGUGUGCGAAGGAGGCACUGGAUUUGGCAGAGGAGCAUGGUCUCAUCAAACCCAAGGCCUCCGUAGAAACACUGGAGGAGGAGGAGGAGGACUGAGAAGGGCAGACAUCUGUACAGCGUGUCUUGUCAGCAGAGGAAAGAUGGUUAAACUGAAGUAUUCCUGGUGUUCCCAGGGUAGCGGCCUUUGAGGAAAGUGCCGUUCCUGUGAUGCUGCAUCCACACUGGAGGGUCAGGGGAUGGGUAUUGUGCUCGUGACAUAUAUUGAACUCAGCUUUGUCUCAGUAUAUUUAGAAGAACACAAUUCUUUGGUAAACAUCAACCUGGGCCUGCUGACGAGCAAAAUUGAAUUGGAAAAUAGUUUCAUUAUUGGUGACACAAAUUAACACUAUUUUCUUCAAUGGUGCGACUGUUCAAUUGACUCACAAGAUGUCAGUGUAUCAGUCGAUGGCCUGUCUAGGAAACAAGGCUGAAACAGUGUUGAUCUAGUGGCAAAACAAACAGUCAUGUUCCAAGAAAGCUUGAUUUGCUUCAAGACAAAUAGCAUGUGCAAUAUAUGUGACCAUAUUUUAGUGUGCUACUGAGAUGAUUUGAAACAAGUUAACAAGUUGGAUGUGAAAUAGGUCUCCCAACUUCACAACACACGACAACUUCACCAUGGGGAGUCCAAACUUGGUACCAACACUUUCAGCAAGGUGUGUACAGUUGCCUGCAGUGACAGGGGUACCCAGCUGUCCAGCUUUUGCUGUUAUUAUACUGAGUGUAAAUAUUGUAGCAUGAAUCAAAAAUGUGCCAAGAAAUUCAGGAUUUGUCCCUUACUUCUUACUGUGUGUACAGAUGUACUGCAGUAUUGUUAUCAGUUGUCGAAACAUCAUUCUUACACCAUUUAUGAUUUCAUUGUAUGUUAGCAUACACAAGUAUUAUGAGAAAACUGACCGAUAUAAUAUAACACAUCUUGAUGUAGAUAGGUAUAACCUAUGUGAAUAUUAUUGAAAAUGUACUUCAUAAAUAAAGCAUAUUUAUAUUAAUAAUGUUAGAUAUUCUGGAAUAAUGUAUUCAUUCACUUUAUUAUUUAUUAAUAGGUAAAUCAAUUGGAACAUGCCAUGAUUUAUUUAUGUUGGGCUACCUACCAUGACUACUCUAUCCAGGACAUGCGUUUCUUACUAAUCAGUGCUAUUUGGUAGCCAUUUUGUUUUUUGUCCUUAACAUGGUUUGAUGGUAUAUUUUGCUCAUCAGAUUUUUAUCAUGUUAAAUAUUUUUAUAGAAAUUAAUCUAUGAAGCCCUUGAGUUAGGCAUGGAUACAUGGUACCUCUUAGUGGAUUAUACACCAGUCUCUUGUUCCACCUUUUGUUAGUGAUCAACAUUUCUUGCAGUAGCCUUUCUUGUAGACAAGGAGAUCAAUAUGAUUGCCAUGGAGAUCAAGAUAUGUGUUCACUAUUACUUCAGAUCUGAUCCAGACAGUAUGUUUCCCUUUCAGUGCCUCAUUUGUAGCUGUGUACAUAGUCAUCUAUUUAUCUAUGCAAAUAUGAACAACUGUUCUGAAACCAAGGUAAUCAGCUACAGACAAACCAUUUGUUAACACAGAAAUAUGGCCCACGUAUUCUUGCCUUCACACAUACAGGGAAUAGUUUAAAUAUGUACCGGUACUCUACAAGUGUACUGUGUUUUCUAUUGCUCUGUGGGGGUUAAAGCGUUGGCUCGUCACGCCGAAGACCCGGGUUCGAUUCCCGACAUGGGUACAAUGCGUGAAGCCCAUUUCUGGUGUCCCCCGCCGUGAUAUUGCUGGAAUAUUGCUAAAAGCGGCGUAAAAGCAUACUCACUCACUCACUCACUAUUGCUCUAUGGAAGAGCUGCCAGGACUUUGUUAAUUGGUGCAUUCAGGUCCCAAGGACAGGUCAUUCCUACAUUGAACCUGUUAGACAAGGAUCAGUAGUAUUUUCAUGCAUCUAAUGUUUAUCAAAGUCAAACUUUAUAAUGUAAAAUGUUUAAACGUUUUUGCUUGGUCUGUUCAAUUUGACAAGUAAUGUUCAUAAGUUGGUCAGUUCAUGCCAAGAUGUGUGUGCGGAUAUAUGUGUACUGUUUUAGUGCAGGUAGUUGCAUAUUUUUAAAGUAGCAUUAAUAUGUAUUUAUCUCAGAGAGGGCUUUGUUAUCAUUACAACAGAACUGCAGUGACCAGAAAUUACAAUGCAUUUGAUGAACUAUGAUUUGAGGAGUUAGUAGUUACCGUACUUCAAUUUACCUGUAAUUAAGUUGUAACGUUUUAUUUUUCCUAUCCAGCAAAAGCUCAAGCCAAAAAUAUUUCAACUACACAUAUUGUUAGUCUAUUCUUGGUGAUGUGGCUUUUUAUGGUCAGUUGAAUCAAUAAACCGAAAAAUGUUAAAGGUGUCAAUAUUUAUCCCAGUUGAAUGCUGUGUGUAGGUGGUCCCCCCUUUGCCUGGAGUGGGUUUGGUGGCCGAGUUCACCAGUUGGUUGUAGCUGUCCCACCAUGUCACCGACUACGAGGCACUGCAUGGUCCUGGUGCUCAAUGAAUACUCUACCAUAUUAGAGUGUAUGCCAUUUUUCAUAGCAUGUGUAUAAAGUCUAUCCAUCAUUGGUUGUGUGUGUGAAUCUGAAUGACUGAGCGUAUUUAUUAUGGAUUGUCAAUAAAUUUUGUAGAAACUGA